UGGCAACACCGACAAAACCAAAGAGGAGGGUGCAGAGCUCACCACGACGUCUUUUAGAGCGACGGAUAGGCGGUCCCAAUUUAUUUUCAAACAGAUAACAUAGUGAGCUAUACCUCGGGUAUUAGUCUUGUCUAAAGCCCAGGAGACGAAAGUGUACUUUGAAGCGUUGGAGUGUCUGAAAAAAAUAUUGAAGAGAAGAUAGAAAAUGGAGGACAACUGCUCUGCUAAAAUGGCGACGUCUGGUAAAAGACAAGACGAAAAAGAACCAGCGCCGACGACUAACAGCAAAUCAACUGAGGUAAAGAGGGAAACUGCAGAAAAAGGCGUCCAGCAUUCCCCUCAGCCGGAAUGGAUCUCCACUUUGAAGAAUGAGAGUAACCAUUUCCUCCACGUUAACGAGGUAAAGAAAGAACCUUGCAUCACUCAGGGUGAGUGUCUUCUCAGGCCGAAGGAGGCUGAUACCACCAAGUUGCCACUGACUGUUGACACUGUGAAGACUGAAGAACAUGAGGACAAACCACAAGACCAGCAGCCGAUUGGUCAACGAGAAGAACAUUCCCCUCAGCCGCAAGGCGGGAUCUCCACCCUAGAGCAGGCGAAUCCGCCUUUCCCCAACGUAAAAAAGGAAGAGGAGGAACUUCGGAUCAUGCCGGAGAGAAAAUAUCAUCUACGGUCGGAGGAGGCUGAUCCCGCCAAGUUGCCACUGGCUGUUGUCUCUGAAAAGACUGAAGACUACAAAGACAAACUCUUAGCUCCACUAUCAGAUAGUGAGGCUGAAGACUUGGUUGAACAACCUUCAAGCAGCGAUACAGACUGUGACGAUGAUGCAAAGAACAACAAAAAGAAGACCGAAAAAAAAUGUUUUACCUGCUCAGUUUGUACCAAAAGCUUUAGUCAAAACGCAUAUUUGACUCGGCACAUGAGAACACACACAGGUGAAAAACCAUUUGGUUGUUCAUUCUGCAGUAAAACAUACAAUCAGAAGGCAAAUAUGGAAAAACACAUGAAAAUACACACAGGAGAAAAACCCUUUAUUUGUUCAUUUUGUGGUAAAAGCUUCUCUGAAAAGAAAGAUAUGGAAAGACACGUGAGAAUACACACAGGAGAAAAACCCUACAGUUGCGCUGAAUGUGGUAAAAGAUUCACUCAGAAGGGAACUAUGGUAGUACACAUGAGCACGCACACUGGAGAAAAACAAUUUACUUGUUCAGUUUGUGAGAAAAGAUUCAACCUGAAAUCAAUGUUGGUAAGACACAUGAACACACACACAGGAGAAAAAGCCUUUAGUUGUCCCGUUUGUAAUAAACGAUUCAUAAAAAAGGCAAACGUGGUAAGACACAUGAGAACACACACAGGAGAAAAACCCUUCUGUUGCUCCGUCUGUAGGAAAGGUUUCACUCAAAAGGAAACUAUGGUAACACACAUGAGCACACAUUCAGGAGAAAACCAAUUUAUUUGUUCAGUUUGUGGGAAAGGAUACACUCAAAAGUCCAUCAUGGUGCGACACAUGAAAACGCACACUGGAGAAAAACCCUAUGGAUGUCACAGUUGCGGUAAAAGAUUCUUAAAAAAUACAGAUAUAGUAAGGCACAUGAGGACACACACAGGUGAAAAACCGUUUGGUUGUUCAGUCUGUGGUAAAAGCUACAGUGAUAAGAGAGAUAUGGUUAUACACAUGAGUAAGCACUCCGCAAAAUGACCCUUUGGUUGCACAGUACUAAAGGAGCUAUAUGUAAUAAUCUGGCCAGAAAUGGUACUGCAAUCAAGGUCAACAUUAUUUAGUCCCCUCCCCCUUUCCCUGUCUGAGGUUGCCAGAUACGCAGCCGAAUCCACCUCGAUCGACUGGGCUAGAAGUCCAUUUUUGUGGUAAAAGAUUGUCAAAUAGUAGAAGUAAAAAUUGUCAUAUGUGAGAAGACACAUAAAAAGUGAUGAUCGAAGUUAGUGUUCUGCUAAGAACAGCAGUUGCGUAUCUCUGAUUGGCUGGUGACAACAUAAGUGUGGACGUUUUCCUGUACUUCCUUCUUUUGGAAUACAGAAAUAUAUAUCAGUGAUCAUGAAAUUGUCAUUGUACCGUGACAAUGUUUUAGUGUUGUACAUGAACACAAAGGUCCCGAUUUACGAAAGGGUUGCUGGCACUAAAACACGUGCUAACUUGAUAACAUCACACAAAGCUGAUCUACUAAACAUGUGCUAAGUGGAUUGCGUCUAUUAAGUGAGCGGAAUGGAGCGUGCAAUCCAUUUAGCGUCUCUGUAUCUAUUAAUUUGCAGAGUAAAUGUUGAUUAUCCGAACGCCUACAAUACUAAGAGAAGAUGCACAUAUGAUACAGUGCACGCAAUCUGAUUUAUCAACACUAAUCACAUUAUUGUAAACACUAUUUAGUUUUUAUUUAGCACCUCUGUAAAGUACAUGUAAACUGACAGUUACGGUGAUCAGGAUCAGUGCUUCUGCUACAAAGACAUAUUUUCACUGCCCGAGAUAAAAUAAAUAUUAGAUAUCAACAACAUCCUUUCAUAAUUUUGUAUCCAACUGAUGCGUUUUGCUGUCCAUAAGUGUUUUUUUUAAUGGCUUACAUGUAUUCACUUAGCUACAUAUUAUUACCAUAUCUUCUAUUAGAAAACACUUUUUCCUGUAGGGAUUUUUUUUUAAUUUUGAGCACAGUAUUUGCAUCUUCUCUCCCGUUUAUCUUCAGCGAUUUAAAAAAAAAAAAAAAAAAAAAGAGUUUCAAUGCUUCUAUAAUGCCAAUAAAUAUUGUCUCCUGCUUGAUUGAAAACAUAGUAAACGUAACAGGUACGAUAAUAAUAAAAUGAAUGUGCAGUAUAUGAUUGAGUGGUAAAAUUCUUGUAGAGUAUGCGCAAAAAGCUACUUUAAAUAAGGCGGUUUAUACUACUUGUCAAUCGUGCACACAGUGUUAGUAGAUCACACACAGCACACACACUAAUAGUACACACCAUUUUAUUGUUUGCACAUGCCGUUUAGCUCGUGGUAUUCGGAUCUACGUAAAGCAGGCCCAUAGUGUAAGUUACAACGUAACCUAUUAUCUUUAACAGCACUUAGCCUGUUUUAAUACAAAAAAAGGAACCGGAACUGUCCUGUGAUACUAACAAAAUUACAGAGAUAAUGACUAUGUGGUGUACUUUUUAUUAGUAUUUCUGACUCCAGCAGAUACAAUAGGAUACCCAUCUACUGCGAUGAAAAUUUCAAUGAAUGGUAUGUUUUGAAAUAACGAUGACUCAGUAGUUAAUCGUGUUGGUGCAGCAAAGAGUUUCAUUUUAUAAAGAAGCAAUGACACGUUGUUGUCGCCUGGGACUCAAGAACAUGGUGGGCAAACAAACUUCCUCCUCGACACUAGACUUUUUUUUUUUAUGGAAUGAGAGUGAAAAUUACACACACAUGCACUGUUCUCACAGGAAAUGGUUCAAUAAAGAUUUUGGUUAAAAAAUUAUAUAGCAUUGUUGCUAAGUAGUGCUAAAAUGUGGCAAGAAAAGAUGCUGCUGUGUUCAGCCUGUCACUCUUUUCCAGUGGAGCCGAGUCACUAACACGAUGGAGUUUGCAGUGACCACUUUGUCAAUUUUUUUAUGAACACAUAUAAUAAAAUGUUAAAGCCUGA